AUGGGUUUCGUCAAAGUCGUUAAAACUAAAGCUUACUACAGCAGAUAUCAAGUCCAAUUCCGUAGAAGACGUGAAGGUAAAACUGAUUAUCAACAAAGACACAGAUUAAUCACUCAAGAUAAGAACAAGUACAACUCACCAAAAUACAGACUUGUUGCUCGUAUCACCAACACUGAUGUUAUUGCUCAAGUUGUCUACUCUAAGAUUGUCGGUGAUUUCGUCUUAUGUGCAGCUUACGCUCACGAAUUACCAAGAUUCGGUGUCAAAGUUGGUCUCACCAACUAUGCUUCAUGUUAUGCUACCGGUCUCUUAUUAGCUCGUAGAUUAUUAGCCAAAUUAAAAUUAGCCGAUCUCUACAAAGGUGCUGAAAAAGUUGACGGUAAAGUUUUCCUCGUCAAACCAGUCGACGACAAACCAAGACCAUUCAAAGCUAAUCUCGAUGUUGGUCUCGCUCGUACCUCAACUGGUGCUAAAGUCUUUGCUGUCCUCAAAGGUGCUGUCGACGGUGGUAUCUACGUCCCACACGGUGAAACCCGUUUCGCUGGUUACAACGCUGAAAGCAAGAAAUUAAACGCUGAAACUCUCCGUGGUUACAUCUUUGGUAAACACGUUGCCUCUUACAUGACCUUAUUACAAACUGAAGACGAAGAUGCCUACAAAAAGAUCUUCUCUCAAUACAUCAAAAACGGUGUUGCUCCAAAAGAUAUCGAAACCAUCUAUGCCAACGCUCACAAAGCCAUCAGAGCCAACCCAGCCCCAGCUGCCAAAUCAACCAAAUCAUACAAAGAUAUCAAAUCCAAGAACCUCAGCAAGAGAACCCUCAAACAAAAGAAAGCUCGUGUUGCUUCCAUCAAAGCUUCAUACAAAGCUCGUCUUUAA